AUGUCGUCGCCUGAGGCGUUCCAGAUCGCUCAAGUACCACUUACGGCACACUCGUUUUCACCGGAUCGCUCUGCCAUUGCAUUGGGUAUCAACACCAACGAGGCUCAGAUUUAUACGAAACAGGGCUAUGAGUGGCAACAAGUCCACACUCUCGCACAGCACGACAAACUCGUCACAUCCAUCGACUGGGCGCCGACUACAGACCGUAUUGUCACAUGCGCGCAAGACCGGAACGCCUAUGUAUGGACCAAGGAACCAGACCCGACUAGUACAUCUCAGUACAAGUGGAAGCCCACGCUGGUUGUCCUGAAAAUCAAUCGUGCUGCCACGCAG